GCAUUUCCUCAUUUGCAGUGCGUUCGGUGACACAGGUCAUGUAGCUGUGUGUGCAGCAGCAGCAUCAGCCUGGAUACUAACUAACUGCUGGACAUGGAGCACUUUACCCAUCAGUAAACCAUCACUAAAGGCAAUCAUGGAGGAGAGCGUUGACGUAAAGGCUCUGAGGGCCAGGUUCAACAACAAGACCAGCACCUCGGACACCAACAGCAGCCGAGACAGUGGCUCGCCAAAGUCUCCACGACCAGGGUUUGGAAGAGCGAUACUGCCGGGACUCGAGAAGGAGCUGGUCCAAAGAGUGUCACCCACAGUUUUUCCUCCUGUGGCUGGCCCAGGCCCGGUGAGGCCCCCGAGGGCAGAACUAUUGGCAGCGCCCGUCCCCUCCAGGCCUGCUUCCUUCCCUCGACCACCUCCCAGUUCGGGGGUCGGAGCGCCCGUUCACCCUGCGGACAUCAGUCAGGUCAAGCACAGAGGGGAGUUGCUACAGAACAUGAUGUUGAGGCACCAAAAGCCCGUAGGCAUCAAACCGCUUCCAGCUGCAGGUCCAGCUCUGGCCUCUGCAACGGCUUCCCCCUCCACCCCUCUUCCACUCCGACAGCCGCCCCGACAAAAGAGCGGAGGGGACGUGACCCCUCUGAGGAGGCCCCUGCCGCCUGAAGGACCCCUGCCUUUGAAACCCAGACGGCCUCCCAGUGUCAACCUGGAGCCCUUUCGGAUGUCGAGGCGAGGACCGGCCCUCCCUGCCCCGAGGAAAAGUAACGGUUCACCAGGCCCAUCGGAGAGAAGAAUGUCUGUACCAGCGAUGAAUAAUCCUCCUUUACCUCCUCAACGAUCCAUCAAACCCAACAGACUGCCGCACCAGAUCGCCUCUAUGGACCUUGAGGAUGAACAGGACCCGUAUGACGACAUCGCAAGCUUUGAUAAAAAUGAUGACAGUGACAACGGCUCGCAGAGUUUGAAUGGGGAUGCAGAUGAUGUGUACGAGUUUAUUGAUGAGGACCAGAUAGAGAUGAACAAAGCUACCGCUGAGAAGAUGAACAAGAAGGAAGCAAAGAAGCAAAAGGAGCUGGAGAAGAAAGAGCAGAUGGAGCGUCAGAAAAAACAGAAUGAGCUGAAGAAGAACUUUCAGUUGCAAGGCGAGAUCGAGGUUCUUCACACAGCCAGAGUCCGACAGGACUGGCGUGGAACAUCAAAACUGGACCUCAGUGUUCGACAGGGAGACAACGUGGAGAUCCUCCGUGUGAAGAAUAACCCAGGAGGCAAAUGGCUGGCCCGCUCUCUGAAUGGAAACUACGGAUACAUCAGCAACACAUGUGUGGAUAUUGACUAUGAGGCAGUGAAACGCAAAGUGUUCCAGUCCAGAAAAACUGAAACUUCGAUGUUACCUCCUCCACCUCCGGACCCCCCAAUGAUGUUAAAUGUGGAGUCCAACAACAGAGACAGCAUGCUUGAAGAUGAUGAUGACUACGAUGAUGUUGAACCAAUAAGUGAAGAUUUCCCGCCACCACCACCUGAAGUCAGCAUCGAUCCCAAAGUGGAGAAGGAGCUGAGAAAAAAAUUUAAGCUUGAAGGGCCGCUGAAGGUGCUGCACACCAUGAUGGUGGAUCCUAACAGCGUUAUAAAGAAACCAGGAGCGAAAGACCUGCAAGUGAUUCGUGGAGAAGUCUUAGAUGUCAUCCAGCUCACCAACAGCAAGAAAGCUCUGUGUCGCAACCAGUAUGGAAAAUAUGGUUAUGUGUUCAGGUCGCUUCUUCUUCCAAUGGAAGGAGAUAUUUACGAUGAUGUCGACUACAGAAGUGAUGUCUAUGAUAACGACUCUCCACACACUGAUUAUUAAAACAUAUCAAACUAACCUGCACACACUCACACGGCAGCACAGAAAACAAUCAAACUAUUAAAAACUAAAAAGUUAAGCUAUAUAAAACUAUAACUAUGCUCCAAACUGAACAUCCAGUGAAGACUUUCUGGAUACGUGUGAUUUAUUUUACAAGUUGCAUUCAAGUGAAGAAAACUCACAGCAGUUGUGUAGAUGUUGUUUUGCGACACAGAGGAAAAGAACAGAACUUCUGUCCACCCCUCAAACAAACAAACUAAGCUUUCCAAGAGCUCAAACUAGUUAUUAUACCAAACUGUGUGUAGUGUUCACCACUUCACAGGACAUUACACUGAUUACCCACAGACUUAAACUAAACCUGAAUUCUUGACCUUAAAAUUGAAUGAUUCGUGGGGACUUUGGCAGGCGUGACCGUGUAUAUAGACUUAUGUCCCCACAACAUGAAUAAUACAGGAGCACACACACACACACACACACACACACACACAAACACACAGAUUUGCCCUUUGCUGAGAAUAACAUUGCCACCCCUGCAUUGUUUGUCAAACUGCUUUUUUAGAAAAUGAACACACUAUUACUGUUGCUUUGUGUAUUUCUCAGCCUCAGAGAUAAUUUAAAAUAAAAUAUUUUUUUC